AUGCCUGAAAAAGUAGAGGAUCAGGCUGUACCGGCGGUGUCGUUCUUCGAUCCUGCGUUGAAGGAGGUUCGUCGGCGGGUGUACUAUCAAUGGAGUCGAACUGUGUCUAUUCUCUGCAUCUUUGUGUUGGUCGUGCUAUCAAUCUUCUGGGGCUCCCAAUAUAGCACCGAAAGCAAAUAUACCGAGCUCAAAGUCUGGGUCGUCGACUUUGAUGGGAAAACAGACGACUAUCGCACAAACAAUCCUGUCAUCGGUCCAGCUGUUGUCAACACUGCGCAGCAGUUUAUCGACUCGUCAGACCUACAUCUGGGCUACAUCAUCAAGAACUCCAGCACCUUCGACAAUGAUCCCUGGGCCGUCCGCCAAGCAGUCUACGACGAGCAUGCCUACGCCGCAGUCAUCGUCAACCCGAACGCAACCUCCCUCCUACGUGCUGCAAUCACACAACACAAUACAAGCUACGACCCUAUCGGCGCCAUCCAAACAGUCAUCAUAUCAGCUCGCGACGAAAACACAUACUACUCCUACGUCCUCCCAGACCUGGCCAUCUUCCAAAGCAGCGUCCUCGCCUCCUUCGGCCCACAAUGGGUCCAAAGCCUGAUCACAAACGGCACAGAUCUCACAACUAUCCCCCCACAAACCAUCAACCCAGCAAUCGGCUUCACAAACAUCGACCUCCGCCCCUUCACCCCAGCCGUCGCCACACCAGCCGUCACAAUCGGCCUCAUCUACCUCAUCAUCAUCGCCUUCUUCAACUUCCCCUUCCUAAUGCCCAUCCACGCCCAACUAAUCAAACCCUCCGCGUCAAACCCGCCUCUCAAAGUGCCCCAAUGGCUCAUCUGGCGUAUCCUCUCCAACAUCGCCGCCUACUUCUUCCUCAGUCUGUUCUACAGUCUUGUCAGUCUGGCGUUUGGCAUUCCGUUUUCUAAUUCGCCGGUCCCGGAUACGGUUCCUGCUAAUAACCCCAAUGCAUACGGGAAGGGUUCGUUUGUGGUGUUUUGGAUGCUGAAUUGGGUUGGGAUGACGGCGUUGGGAUUCCCGUGUGAGAAUAUGGCUAUGGUGCUUGGGUUCCCGUGGAGUUCGUUUUUCUUGAUUUUUUGGGUUAUUACGAAUGUGGCGACGGGGUUUUAUGCCAUUGAGUUGGCCAGUGUGUUUUAUCGGUGGGGGUAUGCUUGGCCUUUGCAUAGGAUUGUCGAGGCGCUCAGGACUAUCUUAUUCGGUACGCACUCGCGUAUUGGACUUGAUUUUGCGGUUUUGUUUAUCUGGAUUGCGGUGUCUAUUGCGUUCUUCCCGGUUGCAAGCUUUAUCAUGGGCUGGAAGAUGAGGCGUGGGUUGGCUUGA